GAUAACAGAUCGAUGUCUUUUUGUGACGUAACAAUAGUAGAGAAACGUGUAUUGUGACGUUACUUGGUAAUGUAAACGUAACAAAGGCAAUUGUGACGUAACAAUGAUCGAUAGAACUCCAGAAUUUCUUAAACUUUUGAAACAAAUUCGGAAGAAUGAGGGAAUUCCCGCCAAAUCUAUUCUGACGUCACAAAAGAAAAUUCUAAAAUCUUCGUUUGAAAUCAAAUCACGUGGUAUAGUCACAAACCUCACGCAACUCAGAGAUUUUCUUCUUGACAAUCGUCAUGGUUACCUGACGCGAGAUGAAACUUUGAUGACGAAUCAAGAAAAAGAUAAAAUUGACGCAGACGGUGAAAAGUUUAUGCAAAUUUGUUCGAGAUCUUUGGAACAACUCAAACAAGACACACCCACCAACCUAACCACACAAGUCGGGUUUCACCAAAAACUCGUCGUUGAAAUUGUUGAAAAAUAUUUGAAACUUGUUUUUCAAAUUUAUAACGAACAGAAAUCGGUUCGGGUGAAACAGAUUGUUGAACGAAACACUGUGUCACAGUUGCGCUUGAAUUCGACUCGAGCAAAAAGUUCAGAAAGAUUGCCGGGUCAAGUAAAGCAUAAUCCAAAGUAUUUGUUUGAGGAAAGCGAUGACGAUGGUUUGGUCCCAGAUGAUGAUGAGACGUUUGCACAGGAAAAUGCCCAAUUAUUAUCAGACAUGAAUUCAUUGAGCGAUGAAGUUCGUUCCAUCGGUGGAAAAGUUGUCGAGAUCGCAAAGUUGCACGAGAUGUUUAGCGAACAGGUUUUCCAACAAGAAGCGGACAUCGAACUUGUUUCGGAAAAAAUCGUUGAAAGUUCGGAAAAUGUUAAAGAUGGGAACGAGGAGUUACGAGAGGCAAUAAAGAACAACGCUGGAUUCCGAGUUUGGGUUUUAUUUUUUCUCGUUAUGUGUUCAUUCUCUUUAUUGUUUCUUGAAUGGUAUAGUUGAUUAUGAUGUAAUAAUAGUUGAUUAUGAUGUAAUAAUAGGCAUGAUCACUCCAUUGUUACAUAUUAAUUAAUUCGAAGACCAGCAAUAGAUGCUUCAAGUGACUUGUUGUCCCAAACAACAACGUUUCCAUCUUUACCACAUGUUGAGAACUGGUGUGGCCCGUACACGCAUACCUAUGUCAAUAAAUAAGUUGGGGUGGGGAACGAAA